AUGCCGACUCCAGUUGGACAUGAGGAGUUCUUCAACUCCCUCACAACCCUCCUCACAAAUACGUCCCAAAAGACUAAGGGCUCCGUCUACCUAACCCAGACACCGCUGUUGAGCUCUACGUCCUCAGACACCGACAAACAAAACCAACCGUCAAUCCUGAUCCGCGCGUCAGACGGGAACACAAACUCCAAAAAUCCAAAGACGCACCCCGAGGUCAAAGACAAGAAGGACAGCAAAGUGAAGAUCUCGACAGUCGUUCAACCAAGCGAGCUUGAGACGUUCUAUGCACGAUAUGCGGAGGUUUGUAAGGCAGGGAUGACAGGGCUGAAAAAGCGAGACCGGAAGUUGAAGAAGGCGAAAGCCAAGGGGGGUGCGGGGAAGGUUGUGAAGCCUUAA